AAAGCAUUGUGGGAUGUUGGCUGACGGUGAAGUCAACAUGGCUGCAAAUCUCAGGCAAAGGAUAGAACCUGCAGUAAGAAGGCCUUGAAUGAAGUUUGGUGUAGAUUGGGCUUUGUCGCCUUCCAAGUACUUUUGAAUCAUCGUGCUGUUGAAGAUAUACGCAGCCUGCAGAGGAACUGAACAUUCACAAACAGCAACAGAUAACAAACUACUGAGGAUAAAGUCUCGUAUGAAUUCCGACGAGAAGGAGGACUGUGAGUGUGCGACACCACAGGCCAAGACAAGACCCGCGAGAGGACCUGAUAGAGAAUACGAGGAGUCUGAGUCAGAUAACCCAGAAGCAAGCCGAAUGAAGCGAGCAGCUGCCAAACAUCUAAUAGAGCGCUAUUACCACCAGUUAACGGAGGGCUGUGGGAAUGAGUCUUGCUCCAACUCGUGGUGUGCCUCAUCAGUGGGAUUUAGCCGCAUGGAUAACAAUGCAGCGGCGGUCAAAGCUCUAGAGCUCUACAAGGUUAACGCCAAACUAUGUGACCCCCAUCCUUCUAAGAAAGGCACUGCCUCCACCUACCUGGAGAGCAGCGCUCACAGUAACUCUGCCUGCGGCAACCGGAAGAUGAACCAUAAAGACGUCAGUGCCGUACGGGACAAUUUCAAAGAUGUAAAUUACCUGACAGAGGAGAAAGUUUAUGAGAUUUUAGACAUCUGUGGAGAGAAGGAGGAUUACUCCCCUCUGAUCAGAGUGAUCGGUCGAGUUUUCUCCAGCUCUGAGGGUUUGGUUCAGAGCUUCCGGAGGUCCAAACCUCACACUAAGGAGGAGCUGAAGUCCCUCCAAGGUAAGGAUGAAGAUAAGGAUGAGGAUGAGAAGGAGGCAGCAGCGUGCUCCGCCACAGCUAUGGAGGAGGACUCCCCCACCUCCUCUUCGUCAUCAUCGAGGCUCGGUGAAGGCUCCUCAGGAGAAAACGACGUCCAAAAGCUGGCCCCCGACGAGGUGUCGGUGGACAUCGACGCCGUGCGGCGUGUCUACGAGCGCCUCCUGUCAAACGAGAAGAUUGAGGCUGCCUUUUUGAACGCGCUGGUCUACCUCUCGCCGAACGUAGAGUGUGACCUGACGUAUCACAACGUGUAUUCAAGAGACCCAAACUAUCUGAACCUGUUUGUUAUAGUGAUGGAGAACAACAACCUCCACAGCCCGGAGUACCUGGAGAUCGCUCUGCCGCAGUUCUGCAAGGCCAUGAGCAAGCUCCCGCUGGCGGCUCAGGCCAAGCUGGCGCGCCUCUGGUCCCACUACAGGGCAGAGCAGAUCCGGCGCAUGAUGGAGACCUUCCAGCAGCUCAUCACCUACAAGGUCAUCAGCAACGAGUUCAACAGCAGGAACCUGGUCAACGACGACGACGCCGUCGUUGCGUCCACCAAGUGCUUGAAGAUUGUUUACUAUGCAAACGUGCUGGGAGGCGACCUGGACAUGGAGCACAACGAGGAAGAGGACGAGGAGCCCAUUCCAGAGUCUAGCGAACUCACUCUGCAAGAGCUGCUGGGUGAAGAGCGCCGGAACAAGAAAGGCCCACGGGUGGACCCGCUGGAGACAGAGCUGGGGAUCCGGACCAGCGAUUGCCGGCGGCCGCUCAUUCCCUUUGAGGAGUUUGUCAACGAGCCUCUUAACGAGGUUUUAGAAAUGGACAAAGAUUAUACGUUCUUCAAGGUGGAGACGGAGAAUAAGUUCUCCUUCAUGACAUGCCCCUUCAUUCUGAAUGCCGUCACUAAGAACCUGGGCCUGUACUACGACAACCGCAUCCGCAUGUACAGCGAGCGGCGGAUCACCGUGCUCUACAGCCUGGUGCAGGGUCAGCAGCUCAACCCUUACCUGAGGCUGAAGGUCCGCAGAGACCACAUCAUUGAUGACGCUCUAGUCAGGUUGGAAAUGAUAGCGAUGGAGAAUCCUGCAGACUUGAAGAAGCAGCUGUAUGUGGAGUUUGAAGGAGAGCAAGGUGUUGAUGAAGGAGGUGUUUCCAAAGAGUUCUUUCAACUUGUGGUGGAGGAGAUUUUCAACCCUGAUAUAGGCAUGUUCACGUAUGACGAGCGCACCAAGCUGUUUUGGUUCAACCCUUCAUCGUUUGAAAAUGAGGGCCAGUACACACUGAUCGGCAUCGUCCUCGGUUUGGCCAUCUAUAACAACUGUAUCCUGGAUGUGCACUUCCCCAUGGUGGUCUACAGGAAGUUGAUGGGCAAGAAAGGAACUUUUAGGGAUUUAGCUGAUGCUAAUCCAGUUUUGCACCAGAGUUUGAAGGAGCUGCUGGAGUAUGAAGGCAGUGUGGAGGAGGACAUGAUGAUCACUUUCCAGAUUUCCCACACGGACCUCUUUGGUAACCCACUUAUGUACGAUUUAAGGGAAAACGGGGACAAGAUUCCUGUCACGAAUGAAAACAGAAAGGAGUUUGUUGCACAGUAUUCAGACUAUACUUUGAACAAAAGCGUAGAGAAACAGUUCAAAGCGUUCAGGAGAGGCUUCCACAUGGUCACCAACGAGUCGCCGCUCAAAUACUUGUUCAGACCAGAGGAAAUCGAGCUCCUGAUCUGUGGAAGCAGGAACCUGGAUUUCCUGGCACUUGAGGAGACGACAGAAUAUGACGGCGGGUAUAACAGAGAUUCUCGAAUCAUCAAGGAGUUUUGGGAGACGUUGCACUCAUUCGGCGAGGAGCAGAAGCGCCUCUUCCUGCAGUUUACCACCGGCACUGACCGAGCACCCGUGGGUGGGCUGGGCAAGCUGAAGAUGAUCAUCGCCAAGAACGGCCCCGACACAGACAGGUUACCGACGUCCCACACUUGCUUUAACGUGCUGCUGCUUCCUGAGUACAGCAGCAAGGAGAAGCUGAGAGAGAGACUGCUGAAAGCCAUCACCUAUGCCAAAGGGUUUGGCAUGCUCUGAGCCCUCGCAACUAACAGACUCCUUCUCAGAAAGCCCAUCAAACCCUGCCCUUCCUUUACAAGACACCAUCUGAAAGGUGGCAAAGACAGACCCAGGGUAUGUUUAAGUCAAUAAUGAAAAGACAAAUGUUCUUAUUGAGCACUCUAGUAGAUCUGCUACUGUGCCUGCAUCAUCCUCCAUCAGUCAGUGUAAGCACAGAGACCUCCUGAAGUACCCACUCCCACAGCUUCCCCUUCUUUUUCCAUGUACAGAGAGGAUAAUUUUCCUUAUUAUUUAUUUUAAGGUUAAAUGGGUUAUUUUCAUGCCUGUCUGUUGUAAUGGUUUCCCUACUACGGGAAAGGGAGGGGGGGAGGGGGGGGUAGUGUCAGCUCAGUAUAAACACAGCUUAUUGAACAAAACCAUGCUAAAGUUGCCCCAGCUGAGAAGUAAUUAAGUUUUAGAGUAGUCUGUACGACAAAUAUUAAAUCCCCACUAAAGAAAGAGCUUCACUGACCAUUUCACUCACCACCACUGCUUGUCGUGUCCACAGAGGCAAUUUUGAUCCAAGUAAAAAUAUAAAAUUAGCGUCCUUUGGUCCGAAAUGGCACAUCAUCAAAUAGCUGUUUGUUUUUCUUUUCUUUUUUUUUAUAUUAUUUUCAAUCUUGGGCUGUUUUCCGUUUUUGGGGGGGGGCACUGCAGGUUAGAUUAAAUCUUGUCAGAGCUGUGUAAGUGCACUUAGACAUUUUCAGAAUGUUUUGUUUUUUUUUCUUUUUUUUUGGCCACAAGUUGCCACGAUUGUUUGGAGCGUUUUAUUUCCUUGUCUUCCUGUGUUGACAAUUCCAAAUAAAACAGUGUUUAUAUAUGCGUGCAGUUGGAACUACGAACACCACACUGUAUAACCUCGAUGAUGUAGUCUGGAGUUCACUGGACCUUUAUGUCUGAGGGUUUGAAUCCACAUCCUUGGUCCUGGUCUGAGCCACUAUGAGUUUAAGAACAAUCUGAACCAACCCACAAUGAUCCAUUGAAACCUGUACGAUGCAUACAUUUAAAUAUGAGAGAGAGAAAACGCAUCUAAACUGAGAAAUUUGCUCAUUUACAACCUUACCACCCAUCAAUAAUACUAUGAAUGUAACUCAUAUGUAAUGUGUAUAUAGACCAGGCAGAAACAAUACAUCCAGUUUUCCUUUCAUAUAAAAACAAACUCUGUGCCCCCGCUACGGGUUUUUGCUUCUGGGGGAGAUGGUCCUCUAUGAUGGACACUUCACUGUCAUGUUUAGGUCUGCAAACAUUUAAUAAACAAGCAGAAUUACUGUCAGUGGGUCAAAGUAGAAGUGCUGAACUGGUGACAGGUGCUGUCUUUUUAAUUAUUUGAAAUUAUUGUGAGAUCAUUUUAUUUUAAUUCUCUUUUCAGAGAGAAUUUGGUAAAAUAGUUCUGGUAAUUUUUGAAAAAAAAGUCAUUAAAUCACAAAAACUGAUCAGAUUUUCUUUAGAAAAAAGAAUUCAGAUUUUAUUUAUGUAUUUGGUUCGCAAACUUAUCUUGUUGAUUCAGAUUCUUUCGUGUAUGCAGUACACCCCCGUACCACACAGACCACAACACAAUGAUGUUCCUGCAUCCAGAUUCUGACAGUUGGUGAUUUUUAUUUAUGCUUUUAUUUUGUUGAAACAAGCUAGCUUAUUGUUUUCUGGUUUGGGACAUCAUGAAUAAAUCUGUGAUGCAGUAAUGUCCCAUUUUUACACACAAAUCCCCAGGAAACCAGGAUGUUGAAUGUGUGUUAAAACUGUAAACUUCAGUUUUGUUUCCAGAUUAGUGUCUGAGAUCAUUUGAGGAAAAGCUGUAAUUUACCCACAAAUUCAGACUAAAAGCUGUUUUAAUGGUCCACAUCUCAGAAAUGAAAGUGGGUCAUGUGGUAACAUCUGAGGCAGCUAUGACCGGUUUUAAUUUUAUGUACACUUAAAGAAGAACUUGGUAACAAAUGCAAAUUAGUCAAAAACUUUCUAAAAUGAGUAAAACCUUAGACAAUCUUACAAAUAUGAAUGCUGGAGUGUUUCCUGUGCAACCACCACCUUUUUGAGGUUACCAAGUCCUGCUUUAAGAGAUGCUUAAAGCUGUGCAGCCUGCAACUGUUAGAGUGAAACCACAAAUGUUCACAACUGAGCAAAAUCAAGACAUCUCCCCUCCCUUUUUUUUUAUUAUUUUUUUUAUUUAAAGCCUACAUUAGAGCCACUUCGGACAGUACAAGGAGCACCUAAACACAUGGACACACUGGACUGAUGCAGUCACUUCUGCUGGCAUUGUUAUACUGAAGACUAGAACAAAGCUGAAGCAUUACUUCCAGCUGUAGCUGAAGCCAGGUCUGUUCUCGGCUGUUAAACGUUACCUGUACCUCCUGUUUUUGUAAUGCCAAACAUGCUGCUCACCUGGACAUGUGACACGGCUCCACGGCCUGCUGAUGAUAAAGCAGGGACGCCCACCUGAUCUUGGAAAGGGAAGCGAUUUCAUCCAUCGGUUUGAUGCAGCAGUUCAAUUCUACAAAGGCUCAAAGCAUUCAAAGUGUUGUGAAAACAUGCCUAAUAAAGAUCGCUUUUUU